AUGCAAUAACAUAAAGUUAUUUUUGGUAAUCAGCAGUUUCUGUAUAAAAACACAUAAACUUAUUUUUAAGGCACGAAAUAUAAAAUAUUUUUGACUUCAGAAUGCAAUUAUGUAGUCAAAAUUUAUGAUGAUGGAUAAGAAAAGGUAUUUAAUUAUGUACCAAUUUUAUAUAGUAUUUGAAUACAGAGUUAUAAGCUGUUCAUCUUUUUAAAGAUAAUCUAUGUGAAUACAUUGCAAAAUCAUAUGAAGGAGAAUUAUUAUAAAAUAAAAAAGUAAUAGUUUUUGAAAAAGCUGAAGUCCUCCAAAAUAUUUUGAAAGAUUCUUAAUAAGGUUUAGUGGAACCUCAAGUCCUAAAAGUAAGCAGAAAAAUAAGCGUAGAUUUUAUUAGAUUUAAGCAAAGCAUUAAAGCAUUGUCAUUCAUUAGGCAUAACACAUCGAGAUAUCAGACCAGAAAACAUUUUAAUAGGAUUAGAUAAAUAAGCCAAAUUAUGGAAUUUUUAAAGAUGCUUUUUUUAAGUAUUUUAAUUUAUAAUUAGUAAUACGAUCUAAUUCCAAAUGAGUAUUUAGGAAAAAUCAAAGAAGAAAUUGAAAUGAAUACUUUUGAACAUGUAAGAGCACCAGAAUAAAAAGAUUUAUCAUUAAAAUUACCAAUUACAACCAAAGUAGAUAUCUAUGCUUUAGGAUAAUUAAUGUAUUAUAUUAUAUUUAAAGUUCGAUAUGAUUAAAAUCCUAAUUGGGAAGGAAAGUAUUAUAUUUUUUAUAUAAGUUCUUUAUGGGGGUUGUAUAGUCUUAAAUUAUAAAACUUAAUUAAAUAAUUACUUGUAAGUAAUCCAAAAGAGAGGAUAUCAGCUGAAUAAAUAGAAAAAUAAAUUAAUACCUUCAUCAGCUAAUAUAAGUAAAUUUAUUUUUUAUAUUUUCAGUGGAAUAUCAUAAUAAAUUCACAUAAGAAGUUAAUCAACUAAUGAAAUAUAGAAUAAAGAUAUAAUUAAUUAAAAUAAAGAUAUUGAAAAGUGUCAUUCCCUUGAAUUUAAAGAUUAAGUAAAACCUUAAUCCACUUUAUCUACUAAAUUUGUUAAACUAGUAAGUAAAGUUGCUUAAAAAACAGAUUAUUGGAUAGCUGCAUGUUUAGAAGAAGUUGAUGCAGCUCCUUGUUAAAAAUAUUUUAGAUUUCUUCAUUGUAAAGCAUGGUAAAAAAAAUAAAAAAUUCCUAAAUUUUAUGAAAAAUUAUCUAAUAGACUUUAAUUAAAUUCUGUAAUAAUAACAUUUAAGGCUUUGUAAUUAUUACAUAACUAUGUUAAAAAAGGUCCUUAAGAAACUAUUCUUAUAUAACAUUAAACAAAUUCCCCAAAUGCUAUUUUAGAGAGAAUUAAAAAUCAUUAAGAAACAAAUUAAAUGAAAAGUUCUAAAGACAAAUUUAGAACUUAAUUUUUCACUAAUUUAUUGUAUAAUUAUUCAAUUAUACUUUUGGAAAAAGUGAAAUUUCAUACAUAUUAUUUAAAGUUUUUUGAAGGUAAUUAUGCAAUGAUACCAUUCUUUAAUAAUAUGAAUGGAAUAUAGAAAUAAAAAUUAAGUGUUGCAUUAUUGAAUAAUAUGAUGAACUUAUGGAAAUAAUUUCUUAAUUUCACAUCUAAUAUAUCUUUUCAAGAAUAAAAUUUAAUUAAUUUAUAAUUAGGUCUAGCUAUAACAAUGGCAGAUGAAUUAUACAACAUUCUUUGUACAUUUACUCAUAUAUUUUAUGCAUUAAAGUAAAGUACUAAUUAUAUAAGUGGAUAACCCACUAAUAGUAAUGAAGUUAAAUAAGCUUUUCUUAUAUUAUAAGAAGAUUAUUAAAUUAGUUUUUAAUCAACUAUUAAUUUCCUUUCUAAUUGUAAGAGAAUACCUUAAUUUUAAUAACUUAUACCAGAUCCUUCUAAAAAUGUUAUUGAAACUUUACAAAAAGUGACAUUAUUUUAAUCUAAAAGAGGAGAGUUUAAUAUUAAUGAAUUUUUAAGUUAUUCAAAUUCAAUUGAUGGAAUUAAAUUACCUUAAAGUUAUGGAGAAAUAAUGAUUAAUUAAGUAAUAGAAUAUGAUGAAGAAAUAGUUAAAUUGGAACCAAAUUUUGAAAAAUCAUCAUCAUAAACUAUUAAAGCUGUUGUUUCUUGUUAAGUUUAACCAGAAAAAUCAAAUUAAUUUAAUUUUGAAUCCUAACCAUAAAUAAAUAUUAAUAAGAAUAAUUCAUAGUAAAAUAUCUAUUAAGAAGAUAUAAAUAAUUUUGCUAUUAUAUAAUAACAAAAAUAAGUAGUUGAAAAUUAAAGAGAAUCAGUAAUUAUAAAAAAUGUUGAAUAAAAAAAAAAAUAAUCUAAAACAAAAUAAUAAGGAGAAUAUAAAGGAUUAGAUUAUUCUGAUGAUGAUGAUGAUGAUCAACAAGAUGAAUAGUAGAAUGAAUUUAAUGAUUCUAAAUAAUUACCUUUAAAACCAGUUGAAUUCUAUGAAAAAUAGAUAGGAAUUCCUUUAUCUAAUAAUGUAUAGUUAACAAAAGAUUUAUUAAAUAAUAAGGAAUUCUUGAAUUGGGGACCAAAAUCAAAUGUAGAAAAUUAAAGAAUUAAAUCAGCUAAUACAUUAUCUAAUAAUAUUUUUGAUUAGUUUAAUUUAAAUUAAAAUUAGACAUAGAAAAUAUUCAAUAAAAAUGAAUUAAUAUAAAGUAAUUAAUAAAACACUUUUUAAGUGGUUGAUUUCUUUAACAAGGAAGGGACAAGUAUAAAAUAUAUAAUAAUUUUUUAGAUGUUUCUGAAUGGAUGAUUAAUCAUGAUUAAUUAAAACUUGAAAAACUAAUAGGAACAGGAAGUAGUUGUGAAGUUUAUAAAGGAUAUUGGAGAGGAGGAGAGGUUGCUAUUAAAAAGAUGAAAAUUAAAUCAUUAAAUGAAAAUCAUUUAAAAGAAUUUAGGAGGGAAAUUUCAGCAUUAGUAACAAUAUAAAGACAUCAAAAUUUAGUAUAGCUAUUGGGAAUUUCUUAAAAAGAUGAUGAAUUAUAUAUUGUAACAGAAUAUUGUGCUGGUGGAACACUUUUUGAUUUAUUACACAGAAAAAAACAUUUAGAAAUAAAUUGGUAAUAAAGGGUAAAAAUGGCUAUUCAAAUAGCAGAUGGAAUGCUUCAUUUACAUAAAUUAAAUCCUCCUUUAAUACAUAGAGAUCUUAAGAGUUUAAAGUAGAUAUAUUUAAUUAUUUAAUAGUUUAUUACUUGAAUCAACAUUUGAUUAGAAUAGAUUAAAUAUAAAAAUAGCAGAUUUUGGAUUAGCUAGAGUAUAAGCAGAUAAUGGUGAAUAAAUGACUAGUGUUUUAGGAACUUUUGUAUAAUAUUAAUAUAAAAUUAGCAUUGGAUGGCUCCUGAGGUGUUCUAGAAUGUUCCUUAUACUAUAAAAGCUGAUGUCUAUUCAUAUGCAGUAAAAUAAACAGUUCUAUCAAAUUUAGAUAGUUUUAUGGGAAAUAUGUUGCAGAGAAACACCAUAUAAAUAAUUAUCUACUAAUCCACCUGCUAUUAUGAAAUUAGUAGCAGUAGAUAAUGGAAGACCUGAUUUGAGUUUAAUUUAGACUGGUUGCCCUUUAUUUAUUAAAGAGUUGAUGAUUAAAUGUUGGGAUAAAGAUCCUUAGAAAAGGCCAUCAUUUCAAGAUGUAAUAUAAUAUUUAAAGGGAUUUUAAUGA